UCAGGCAUAUGCUCGCCGUGGGCGGGAGUAGACAUGUGUUUAUAAAGCUCCGUGGGGCGGCGACAGUGUGUUACAAAGCAAAAGAGAGCGAACGACAGAGAAACCCUCAGUUUACCCGAUGUUAGGUAGGGGAGGCGGGUCACCCUCUGCCGCUCCGUCUCCUCACCUGUAUGGAUGACCACUACAAUCUCAUUGAUUCCCCCUCAGCCAGUCACAGAGGGACCAACGCCGACAACCACGGUUACGCGGAGACGGAGAAGGACAUCAUGACAGUUGUCGCGUGCGAUAAUAUGCUGGAGGAAACCGCGGCGCUCCCCAGUCACCUGUCGCUGGAUCGAUACGAGCCGGACCACGAGUGCUGCGAGCGAGUGGUCAUCAACAUCUCGGGACUGCGCUUCGAGACCCAGCUGAAAACUUUCAACCAGUUCCCAGACACGUUGCUCGGGGACCCGAAGAAAAGGAUGCGCUACUUUGACCCGCUCAGAAACGAGUAUUUCUUUGACAGGAACCGACCGAGCUUCGAUGCCAUCCUGUACUACUAUCAAUCCGGGGGGCGCAUUCGGAGACCCGUGAACGUUCCCAUUGACAUCUUCUCGGAGGAAAUUCGCUUUUAUCAACUUGGCGAAGAAGCCAUGGAGAAAUUUCGCGAGGAUGAGGGCUUUAUCAAAGAGGAAGAACGACCGUUGCCAAACCACGAAUUUCAGAGACAGGUUUGGCUUUUGUUUGAGUACCCAGAGAGCUCUGGUCCUGCCAGAGGCAUUGCUAUUGUGUCUGUUUUGGUCAUUUUGAUUUCCAUUGUUAUUUUCUGUUUGGAAACCCUGCCUGAGUUUAGGGACGACAAGGACCCAACUACCGUCUCUCCUGUUGUAAAUGGCACUGGCCCUUUUGCAUCCAGCCCAUUCACAGACCCUUUCUUUGUGAUCGAGACCCUUUGCAUCAUCUGGUUCUCUUUUGAACUGCUCGUGCGAUUCUUCGCAUGCCCCAGCAAGGCUACUUUUUCCAAAAACAUCAUGAAUAUCAUUGAUAUUGUGGCUAUUAUUCCUUACUUUAUCACUCUGGGGACUGAGCUGGCAGAGAGGCAAGGCAAUGGCCAGCAAGCCAUGUCACUCGCCAUCCUCCGUGUGAUCCGUCUGGUGAGGGUCUUUCGCAUCUUCAAGCUCUCGCGCCACUCCAAAGGCCUCCAGAUUCUCGGCCAGACCCUAAAAGCCAGCAUGCGGGAGCUGGGACUCCUCAUCUUCUUCCUCUUCAUUGGGGUCAUCUUGUUUUCCAGUGCCGUCUACUUCGCCGAGGCUGAUGACCCUACCUCGAGUUUCAGCAGCAUCCCUGAUGCUUUUUGGUGGGCUGUGGUUACCAUGACUACAGUCGGCUAUGGAGACAUGCAUCCAGUAACCAUUGGAGGAAAAAUUGUGGGUUCUUUGUGCGCCAUCGCUGGCGUAUUGACCAUUGCGCUGCCCGUACCUGUCAUUGUGUCCAAUUUCAAUUACUUUUAUCACCGGGAGACUGACGGGGAAGAGCACGCACAAUACCUCCACGUUGGCAGCUGUCAGCAUCUCAACUCCACAGAAGAUCUGAAACGGACACAGAGCACAUCCUCCCUCAGUAAAUCGGAAUAUAUGGUCAUAGAGGAAGGAAUAAAUAGUGCUUUCAAACAGCCAAACUAUUCCAACCAGAACAAUCAAAACUGCGUGAAUAUUAAAAAGAUUUUCACAGACGUGUAAAUCAUGUACAGCGUCAGACAGUCUUAGAGUAAUCACCAUGAUGGCACCACUACGAAUAUGAGGUGCUACAUUAUUAGGGUACAACGGGGCUAAAAGCCCCCAUUUGAGGGGAAUAUUUUUUUUUUUUUUUUUUUUUUUUUUUUUUUUUUUUUCUCCCAAAGUAUACGGCAGUUGAAAAAACAUUAUUUUUACUGAAUAUAGAUGGAGAGUUAUAAUUUGUAUAAAGUAAAUGCUACAAUUAGUUUGUUUUGAUUAAACAAAUAAAUCAAUACAAGGGCAGCUAGAGGGAAAAAUCUGUCACCAUAAGCAAAUACUUUUGAUAUAGCCAGAUAUUUUAAGAGUAACAUUUAAAUACUUCAGCAAAUCGUGUAGCUAUUUUCAGUUUAUUUACUCACUUAUGGCAUUUCAUUGAGUUACAAUGUAAGUGAUGUCAGAUUUCACAUUGUAACUAGAGCAGUUAAUAUCAAUUCACUUUGCACAUACUGAACAAAAUUAUUCCCUCCCAAUUACAGAAUACUGUUAGUAGCUCUACAGAUAGUCUGCAUUGUCAUCUUUUACCAACAUAACUACAUUUUUGGCUAUUCAACAGGUACUGAAAUCUAAAUCUCCUUUAGCAAAAAUCAUAAAUCUAAAAGUCUUGAAAUAAAUAAAAUAGCUGUAAUGAUUUUUAUUAGCUACAUAAAUCUGAAAAACAAAAUUAUUAUUUUGUUAUUGCACGCCUUAAGAUUCAAAAAUCUGAAGAAAAAACUUCAAAAUCAGUCUUUUGUCAUUGCACACCUCAUGAAUCAGUACACUUUAGCAGUGCAUAGAGAUAAACAGGUGUUUAGGAAAGUACUGUGGUAGUUUUUGAUGCUAUUUAGUGUUUUGGGAGUAUGUAAAUCACAAGGGCCUUUUACCCCGGGGGCCUUUAGAUCCGUUGUACCCUACAUGUUAUGGACAAGUCAGCAUAUUAAACUAAAAGUUACACAGGGCGCUAUUAUGGUAGAAAGGUGCCAAACUCCGAUUCACGUGUUGCAUUUGUCCACAGCUUAAAGGAUAAGGUUCAGGUCAGGGACUAAAAAGAAGAAGCACCCACACUGCAAAUAUUGUGCUCGUAAGUCUGCAUUUGUUAUCAGUGUUAACAUAUAAUCAUCAUAAUACGUUAGUAUUUGCAAUAUCUUACAUUUUGUGGCAAAGUGAAACAACCGAAUAUGUGUUGCUGUUAAUGUGAACAAACUGAAGAUAAUGCUGUGUUGAUCAUAUGUACUUUGUUGAAUAUAUGGGUGAAUCUUCAAUUAGGGGAACUUUCAUGUCACCUAGGGUGAUUUUAAAGAAAAAGAAAAAAGUUUUAAAGAAUAGAUUAAUGCAUCUCUUUAAUUGCCUUUUCCUAAUUUUAAGAGUGCUGAAAUGCGAAACUUGCCAGAAUUGUCUCCUACCCAGACUUUUUAACUUCUCUUCUGAAGUAAUUUAUGACAUGCGUUCAAAUCAGGGAAAUUUUACAAGGAACUUAAAAACAAACAAACAAAAACAUAUUUUUUAAUUAAAUUGCUAUUUAUUUGCACAAUUUGCCAAUAUUUUAUAACAAAGAAUUACAUGUCCCCAAUGCUGCUGUCGGUUUUUAAUAAAUUAAUUAUUUUUUUCUAGUUUUUUUCAAGAAAAUAUUUCUUGGUUAUGAAGUUAUACAUGACAGAAUAUCAUUAAUUUUGGGAAUUAAGAAGAAAUCAUGACCUUAGAGAAGAUUUCUAUUAGGUGUCAUCGCCAAACAUUAUUGUUUGUCUAUUUUGAUUUUGAAACAAUCAGUUUCUUGUAUUUUUAUUAACUAUGUUAAUUGGCUCAUAACUAACUUAAAAAAAGGUAUGACAAGUGUGAUCUGUAUUCCAUGAUAAUUAAUAUAGAUUAACAUAGAUUAAACAGUUUUCAAAAAGUGCCCCGGUUGAAGAAUCACCAAUACAUCUCAGUGCAGACAUUUAAAUGCAAUGAAUGUGGAAAAACAAAAAAAAAAAAAAAAAAAAAAAAACGAAAAACAAAUACGCUUUGUUAAUAAUGUAAUCAAAGCUGUGUCUAUUGAAUCUGACUUGCCUGUACCAAAUGAAAUUGGUUAAUACUAAACGAAAACAAAUAUAUCUUUAUUUUGUGAUCAAGUUAUUCGGUGUGCGAAAAUGUAAUCAUUAUGUAAAACUCAAAUCACGUCUAGCCUAAAAAUAGAGCGUUCACGAUUUCCCUCAAAGUGAGACGUCACUGAAUUCUGGGAGAAAAAAGAGGAAGCAUCUGAAAAGGUGGCUUGAGUGGAAAGAGUACGUUGGACUCGAUGGCUCCACGGCAUGAGCGACUACGAGAUCAGAAGCUGAAAGACUGAGAGAUCACGCCUUGAGUCCGCCUUUGAUGCAGUCUCCAUGGCGACUACAGUUUCCUGGGAAGCAACAUGGACGUCUGUUCACUUGAAUUCUGGAGUUUGCUGAUGUCAGAUACAAGGGUAUUUUGACAAAUUGAAAUACACUUGUGUCAUACUCUAAAACAAUGAAGACAAUGGGAUUCAGAAGGCUCCGGGGGAGAUCCACGCAGUGCCUAGGACGGAUGACCAAUAGAAACAGAGGCCGUUAACCUUUCUGCUAACAAAACAGAACUGAACUCACCUUCAAACAACACAGAAGAUGCCCACAUAUCUCUACUGCCACUUCUCAUUUACGUCUGGCUGAAUCACCGUGAACCGCAACACUCUAGAAGUGGCCUUUUUUGGGUAAAUUCUGCAGGUUCACAUUUAAUACGAAGAAAGCAAUAUGAAGAGAACUGAACUGUUGAACUGUUGGACAUGAGCUGAUCAUCUAUGACACAACUGCCCUCUGCUAUCUGGCAGAUAUUAAUCAAGCUGUUUUCUGGUGUCCAUCAUGUAUUUACAGUUUAGCUGUUGUUGUGCCAGAUGUGAGAACUAUGUGGAAACUAAAUCUUUCUUGCUCUUUGACCAUAUAAAUUGUCAGACAGAUAUUUUUGUCUUAUAUUGCCUAUAUAAUCAUAUGAUGGAA